AUGACCUCUAAGGGUAUUCACAGGUACACAGAUCGGGGAGAGGUGUGGACAGCCAGUGCCAUCUUCCUGUCCCAAGAAUAUCUAACGUUACUAAAAUCAAGCACUAUCUUACCGGCCACAUGGUCUGACCACUCGCCCAUCCUAACAACUAUACACUCGCCACUGUUCAAGCCGAAUGACAAACAAUGGAAACUUAACAAACAAAUCCUGGAUGAACUGGAAGCUCAAACUGACACCCGGACGACCCUACAAAGAUACUUUGAGGAAAACGACCUGCCCGACACGGAUCCCCUAAUGGUCUGGGCAGCCUAUCCAAGGUCAAUUCAUCCGGUACUGUACCCAGAGGAAGAAGGCCCAACGGCAGCAGGCAACGGAACUCACCCGGCAAGUGGCCGAACUGGAAAGCUCCCACAAAGACAUGCUCUCCCCAAACACGUAUAA